AUGGCGGGGAUGAAGACAGCCUCUGGGGACUACAUCGACUCAUCCUGGGAGCUGCGGGUGUUCGUGGGAGAGGAGGACCCCGAGGCGGAGUCGGUCACCCUCCGGGUCACAGGGGAGUCGCACAUCGGUGGGGUGCUCCUGAAGAUCGUGGAGGAGAUCAAUCGCAAGCAGGACUGGUCAGACCACGCCAUCUGGUGGGAGCAGAAGAGACGGUGGCUGCUGCAGACCCACUGGACGCUGGACAAGUACGGGAUCCUGGCGGACGCCCGCCUCUUCUUCGGGCCCCAGCACCGGCCGGUGGUCCUGCGGCUGCCCAAUCGCCGCGCCCUGCGCCUCCGCGCCAGCUUCUCGCAGCCGCUCUUCCAGGCCGUGGCCGCCAUCUGCCGCCUGCUCAGUAUCCGGCACCCCGAGGAGCUGUCUCUGCUUCGGGCUCCUGAGAAGAAGGAGAAGAAGAAGAAGGAGAAGGAGCCGGAGGAAGAGGUGCACGACCUGACCACGGUCGUCCUGGCUGGGGGUGUGGCCCCCGCGCUGUUCCGGGGGAUGCCAGCGCACUUCUCGGACAGCGCCCAAACCGAGGCCUGCUACCACAUGCUGAGCCGGCCCCGGCCGCCGCCCGAGCCCCUCCUGCUCCAGCGCCUGCCUCGGCCCAGCUCCCUGUCCGACAAGACCCAGCUCCACAGCAGGUGGCUGGACUCGUCGCGGUGCCUCAUGCAGCAGGGUGUCAAGGCCGGGGACACGCUCUGGCUGCGCUUUAAGUACUACAGCUUCUUUGACCUGGAUCCCAAGACAGACCCUGUGCGGCUGACCCAGCUGUAUGAGCAGGCUCGGUGGGACCUGCUGCUGGAGGAGAUCGACUGCACCGAGGAGGAGAUGAUGGUGUUUGCAGCUCUGCAGUACCACAUCAACAAGCUGUCCCAAAGCGGGGAGGUGGGUGAAGCGGUUGGCGCGGACCCAGGGCUGGAUGACCUGGACACAGCCCUGAGCAACCUGGAGGUGAAGCUGGAGGGCUCGGCGCCCACAGAUAUGCUGAAUAGCCUCACCACCAUCCCAGAACUCAAGGACCAUCUCCGAAUCUUCCGGGUGCCUUUCACCGCCUCCCGCCUCCUGCUCAGGCCCCGGAAGCUGACCCUGAAGGGUUACCGCCAGCACUGGGUGCUGUUCAAGGAGACCACACUGUCCUACUACAAGAGCCAGGACGAGGCCCCGGGGGACCCCAUUCAGCAGCUCAACCUCAAGGGCUGUGAGGUGGUCCCUGAUGUCAACGUCUCUGGCCAGAAGUUCUGCAUCAAACUCCUAGUGCCCUCACCUGAGGGCAUGAAUGAGAUCUACCUGCGGUGCCAGGAUGAGCAGCAGUAUGCCCGCUGGAUGGCCGCCUGCCGACUGGCCUCCAAGGGCCGCACCAUGGCAGACAGCAGCUACGCCAGCGAGGUGCAGGCCAUCCUGGCCUUCCUCAACCUGCAGCAGAUGGGCGGCGGGGGCUCCGGCAACCAUCCACAGGGCCCCGAUGCCUCUGCUGAGGGCCUCAACCCCUAUGGCCUCGUUGCCCCCCGCUUCCAGCGAAAGUUCAAGGCCAAGCAGCUCACCCCACGGAUCCUGGAGGCCCACCAGAAUGUAGCCCAGCUCUCGCUGGCUGAGGCCCAGCUGCGCUUCAUCCAGGCCUGGCAGUCCUUACCCGACUUUGGCAUCUCCUAUGUCAUGGUCAGGUUCAAGGGUAGCAGGAAAGAUGAGAUCCUAGGCAUCGCCAACAACCGACUGAUCCGUAUCGACUUGGCCGUGGGUGAUGUGGUCAAGACCUGGCGCUUCAGCAACAUGCGCCAGUGGAAUGUCAAUUGGGACAUCCAGCAGGUGGCCAUCGAGUUUGACGAGCACAUCAACGUGGCCUUCAGCUGCGUGUCUGCCAGCUGCCGCAUUGUGCACGAGUACAUUGGGGGCUACAUCUUCCUGUCGACUCGGGAGCGGGCCCGUGGGGAGGAGCUGGAUGAGGACCUCUUCCUGCAGCUCACAGGGGGCCAUGAGGCCUUCUAA